CGGCCGACCUCUCUCGGCCGGAGGACGGCGCAGGCUACAGCGAGGCGGGGCUCGGCCAGUGUCGCAGUGUUGUUCCUCGAUGGGCGAGCAGCCGGCGCUCCUGACCGCCGACAACCCCGUCUUCUCGGGGUUCGUCUUCUGGAGCAUGGUGCUGGCGCUCAAGAUGCUCCUCCUGUACUUCCUCACCGUCAGGCAGCGGUUCAAGAAGAAGAUUUUCAUCAGUCCAGAAGAUACAUUCUUUGCUCCCAGUGGCGAUGGCCAAGUGAGAUACGAUGAUCCGGAUAUUGAGAGGAUUCGAAGGGCCCAUCAGAACGAUGUGGAGAACAUCCCGCUGUUCUUCGCGGUGGGGUUCCUCUACGUGCUGUCGGGCCCCAGCGAGGCGGUCGCCCUGAACCUGUUCCGGGUGUACGCGGCUGCGCGCAUCGUGCACACGCUCGUGUACGCCGUUGUGGUGACGCGCCAGCCCGUCCGCGCCGUCGCCUUCUUCGUCGGGCUCUCCGUCACGCUGGCCAUGGUCGUGCUCACCCUCGUCACGUUCCAUCACUUGUAAGCAGGGGGGGGCAAGGGUAUUUCCCCCCCCCUCUGAAACCUUGAAGUGGGGGCAAACAGGGGCAAAGAAAGUGCUGUGUAAUCAAUUUUUUAGAUAAUGAAACUGCUUAAAUAGCACCAUUUUCCACCUUGAAAUACAAAUUUUCCCGGGGGGAGGACCCCCCUGUAAAACCCCCCUCCCCCCCCCGCUUCAAUAGGAGGGGAUCGAUGAUUCUUUAUAAAAAAGGUAUAUUCCCCCCCCCCCUUUUGGAAAUUUAGUUGUUGCGCCCCUGCUUGCGGUCCCUGCUCAUUCAUACAGUACGAGUUCAAACUAUUCAUGUACAUAAAUAGAAAACAUAGAGUUGAAUAAAUUAUUUUAUUACA